AUGGAGCUGAGGCUGGUGAACGGCAUGGUGCUGAAGGUGCAACUGGAAGAGAUGGCGGGCGGCGUGGGGGAGCGCGUGGCGGCGUUGGAAACGAAGCUGAGGGAGCAAGGCGACGCCAUGGCUGAUUUGAAGCGCGACAUGGCCGAAAUGCGAAGCGCCAUGGCCCAUCUCAAGGGGAUGGCGGCGACGGGCGCUUUGGCGGAAAAGAUUGAGGGGGGGGAGGUGGGAAAUAGUUUAGCUUCGUUUGAAGUGGAGGACCUGAAGGCGCAGGUGGGAGUGGCGAGGGGAGAGGCGAGUGAGAUGCGCGGGGAGAUGGGCGCGCUGAAGGCGGAACUUGCGCGGAUGAGGGAGGUGGCGUACGUGAAGGCGACGGCGGCGCACUCGGAUGCGCGCAUCAACGACGUCGAGCUGGCGCUCGCGGCGCUGAAGGACGGCCGCGCGGAGAAGAACCGCGACGAGCGCAAGGAGGGCAGCGCGGGGGAGCAUGCGAGGGCGGAGAGGCGCGAGGAAAAGAGGCGGAAGAGGGACGACGCGGAGGCGGGGAAGGAGGUGGAGAUGGCGGACGCUCCUUCCGUUGUGCGCCCUCUUAUUGCCCUUGGUGGUGCGCCUGAAGGAAAGGGGGAUGCGGCGGAAAGGGAGGGAGACGAGCUGGAGGAGGAAAAUGAUGAAGAGGAGGAAAAUUAUGAGGAGGAAAAUAAUGAGGAGGAUGAGGUGCAGGGACUGAGGACGCGAGUGGAAGCGCUAGAAGAAACGUGCGCUGGAGGAAACAAGAUAUGGGAGGCGUUGAUGACAAUGUGGAGCAAAGUUUCUCCAGGCACGACUAACUUGGACCUCCGCAAUGUCUACCUCUCCGAUGCUGCUCUUACACAAGUGGCCACCUUGCGAUCUCUCACGUGGCUCAGCCUCAAUAACUCCUCCGGCUUCACUGCAGCGGGGGUGACACAGCUCUUCUCUCUCAUUGGUCUCACAGGUCCUAUCUAG